UGCCCUGGUUAUGUGGGCUCCCCUGGAUCUCUCUGCAGUAGGGUCUGGUCUUUUCAUUUCGGUGUCACUUACUUUUGCAGCGGUUGUUUUCUUCUUUACCUUCUACUCCUUCUCUGAAGAAAAAGGAGAGCAACAAGCUCGAAGAAUGUCGCAGAACCCGGUAAAACAUGAGCACGCCGACACUAUGGGGAUUGGCAGGGCCAUUGCCGUGCUGACGUCUGGAGGAGAUGCCCAGGGCAUGAAUGCUGCUGUCCGGGGAGUGGUCCGUGUGGGGAUAUACACAGGUGCCAAAGUGUACUUUGUUCAUGAGGGCUAUCAAGGGCUAGUGGACGGUGGUGACAAUAUUAAAGAAGCAACAUGGGAAAGUGUGUCCAUGAUGCUGCAACUGGGUGGCACUGUGAUUGGAAGUGCCAGGUGCCAAGACUUCCGCACACGAGAAGGACGCCUAAAAGCCGCUCGCAACCUGGUCAAGAGAGGAAUAACCAAUCUGUGUGUGAUUGGGGGCGACGGGAGCUUGACUGGAGCAGACACCUUCCGGGCAGAAUGGAGCAACUUGCUACAGGAGUUGGUUAAAGCAGGUGGCAUCACACUAGAGGAGGCCAAGAAGUCUAGUCACCUGAACAUUGUCGGCAUGGUUGGCUCCAUCGAUAAUGACUUUUGCGGGACUGACAUGACCAUCGGGACAGACUCUGCUCUUCACAGGAUAAUGGAGAUUGUGGAUGCUAUUACUACCACUGCCCAAAGUCACCAGAGAACCUUUGUGCUGGAGGUGAUGGGUCGCCACUGCGGUUACCUGGCUCUUGUCACAGCCUUGGCAAGCGGGGCCGACUGGGUUUUCAUUCCAGAAUCUCCACCUGAAGAUGACUGGGAAGAGCAUUUGUGCAGGAGGCUAACUGAGACCAGAACCCGAGGCUCAAGGCUGAACAUAAUUAUUGUGGCUGAGGGUGCUAUCGACAAGCAUGGCAAACCCAUCACUUCAGAAGACAUUAAAACCCUGGUUGUGAAACGGCUGGGCUAUGACACAAGAGUCACCAUCCUGGGUCAUGUGCAGCGUGGCGGGACCCCCUCUGCCUUCGAUCGCAUUCUGGGAAGCAGGAUGGGUGUAGAAGCGGUGAUGGCGUUACUGGAGGGAACCCCUGAUACCCCAGCAUGUGUGGUCAGUUUGUCUGGUAACCAAGCCAUCCGGCUUCCUCUCAUGGAGUGUGUCCAAGUAACAAAAGAUGUCACCACAGCGAUGAAUGAAGGACGGUUUGAUGAUGCUCUUAAACUCAGAGGGAGGAGUUUCCAGAAUAACUGGAAUGUUUACAAGAUCUUAGCCCAUGUGCGUCCACCUUCUGCCAAGAGUGGGUACAACUUGGCAGUAAUGAACGUGGGUGCUCCAGCGGCGGGCAUGAAUGCCGCAGUGAGGUCUACAGUCAGAAUUGGGUUAAUCCAUGGCCACAGGAUGUUAGCGGUGCACGACGGGUUUGAAGGCUUGGCCGAAAGAAAAAUCGAAGAGAUUGGAUGGGGAGGUGUUGGUGGCUGGACUGGAAAAGGCGGCUCGAGCCUUGGAACCAAAAGGACUCUACCUAAGAAAUAUUUUGAGCAAAUCAGCACCACCAUCGCUGACUUUAACAUUCACGGGUUGAUCAUCAUUGGAGGUUUUGAGGCUUUCACGGGCAGCCUGGAGCUGAUUGAGGGAAGAGCAAAGUACGAAGAACUCUGCAUCCCCAUCUGCGUUAUCCCCGCCACCGUCUCCAACAACGUUCCCGGCUCUGACUUCAGCAUCGGCGCAGACACCGCUCUCAACACCAUCACGGCGACAUGUGACCGUAUCAAGCAGUCUGCGGCUGGUACCAAGAGACGGGUGUUCAUCAUCGAGACGAUGGGAGGCUACUGUGGCUACCUGGCCACCAUGGCAGGCUUGGCUGCCGGAGCCGAUGCGGCAUAUGUUUAUGAAGACCCUUUCAACAUCCAUGACUUGGAGGCAAAUGUGGAACACCUGACUGAGAAAAUGAAGACCACGGUGAAGAGAGGUCUCAUACUGAGAAACGAGAAAUGCAAUGAAAACUAUACUACUGAAUUCAUAUACAACUUGUAUUCUGAGGAAGGUAAAGGCAUCUUUGAUACAAGAAAGAACGUACUGGGCCACAUGCAACAGGGCGGGUCACCAACUCCAUUUGACAGGAACUUUGGAACCAAGAUGGGCGCUAAAGCAGUGGCAUGGAUGUCCGGCAAGAUUAAAGAAUGUUCCAGGCAUGGCCGUAUCUUUGCCAACACCGCCGAUUCAGCUUGCCUCCUGGGGAUGCGCAGACGGGCUCUUGUGUUCCAGCCUCUCGCCGAACUCAAAGAACAGACAGAUUUUGAACACCGUAUCCCUAAAGAGCAGUGGUGGCUGAAGCUGCGUCCCAUCCUGAAGAUUCUUGCCAAAUACAAGAUUGAUUUGGAUACUUCAGAGACAGCCCACUUAGAGCACAUCACGCGCAAGAGGGUGUCUGGUGAAGGUGCGCUCUGAACAUCUCGGAAGGCAGCAACAACUCCCUCCCUCUCUCUCUCAGCAAGAUGCAAUAGGAAGAAAUAAAUUCCUUCCUUCCCCA